CUUCUUCUUCUUCUUCUUCUUCUCGACAUCCUUCUCCAAUGGCUUCCUCCCUCUCCUCCGCCUCCUCCUUCUCCCCUUCUCUCCACUCCACCGCAUCCAUCUCCAACCCCUCCCCGUUCCUAUUCUCCUAUAGAAUCCCGCUCCCCAUCCGCAAACCCCUUUCAAGGAUCCGCUGCAUCGGCACACGACCCGAGAGCGAGGUUUCCUCGCAAGAUCCCAUCCAGAAGUUCCUCAAUCGCGACUACAAAUGGGGCUUUGUCUCCGAUAUCGACACCUUCUCCAUCCCCAAAGGCCUCUCGGAAGCCACCGUGCGCUCCAUCUCCAACAUCAAGAACGAGCCCCAGUGGCUGCUUGACUUCCGCCUUGCCGCUCUUCGCCGCUUCCUCUCCAUGCGCGAACCACGAUGGUCGGACAACGUCUACCCGCCACUUGAUCUCCAGUCCAUCUGCUUCUACUCCGAGCCUCGCCGGAAACCUACUCUGGCGAGCCUUGAUGAUGCUGAUCCAGAGCUUAUUGACACCUUCCGCAAGCUAGGGAUCCCGUUGAAUGAGCAGAAGCGGCUGGCUAAUGUCGCCGUUGAUGCGGUUCUUGAUUCUACAUCCAUCGCUACUACUCAUCGGGAAACCCUAGCUAAGGCUGGGGUUAUCUUUUGCUCCAUUUCUGAGGCUGUGAAGGAAUAUCCGGAUCUUGUGAGGAGUUAUCUCGGGAAGGUUGUUCCAAUGGAGGAUAAUUACUACGCUGCGCUCAAUUCGGCUGUGUUCAGCGAUGGAUCGUUUUGCUAUGUUCCGAAGAACACUGUGUCGCCGAUGGAGAUCUCGACCUAUUUCCGGAUCAAUGAUCGGGAGACGGGCCAGUUUGAAAGGACGCUUAUUAUUGCGGAAGAAGGUAGCUUUGUCAGUUAUCUCGAAGGGUGCACAGCUCCUUCAUACGAUAAGAACCAGUUGCACGCGGCUGUGGUGGAGCUAUAUUGUGCGGAAGGGGCGGAGAUUAAGUACUCUACCGUGCAGAAUUGGUAUGCUGGGGACAAGGAUGGGAAGGGUGGCAUUUAUAAUUUUGUCACAAAGAGAGGCCUUUGUGAUGGAAAUCGGUCGAAGAUUUCAUGGACGCAGGUUGAGACAGGGUCAGCCAUCACGUGGAAGUAUCCAAGUGUUGUGUUGAAGGGGGAUGAUUCAGUGGGAGAGUUCUACUCUGUGGCAUUGACAAAAGACUAUCAGCAGGCUGAUACGGGGACUAAGAUGAUUCAUAUAGGGAAGAAUUCGAGGAGUAGGAUUGUUUCUAAAGGUAUUUCAGCUGGAAAGUCGAGGAAUUGCUACCGCGGUCUUGUUCAAGUGAUGUCUAGGGCGGAUAACUCUAGGAACUUUUCGCAGUGUGAUUCUAUGCUCAUUGGUGAUACGGCUGCGGCCAACACUUACCCUUACAUUGAGGUUAAGAAUCCAUCAGCUCGUGUGGAGCACGAGGCAAGCACAUCCAAGAUCGGCGAGGAUCAGCUGUUCUAUUUCCAGCAAAGAGGUAUAGACCACGAGAAGGCUAUAGCAGCAAUGAUUGGCGGCUUCUGUAGGGAUGUCUUUGACAAGCUCCCUCUCGAGUUCGCAUCGGAGGUAAAUGCAUUGAUGAAUGUAAAGUUGGAGGGAUCUGUGGGUUAAUUUAGUCAGAACAUUUCCCCCACGAGAAUUUCAAAUGAUAUCUAUCUAGUUAUGAUAAAAGAGGUUUAACUUGUAUUGUAAAUUGAGAUGUUGAUAGUUGUACUACAGUGUGAAAACUACAGGAUACAAUAAUGAUGCAAAUGGCAUUCUCUCUCUUUGAUUUGUAACA